AUGUGGUGUGCGGUUGGGGUGCUCCUGUUGCUGUGGGUGCAGGCCGAAUCCGGUUCCGGUGUGCGGGCCAUGACGCAGCUCCGAUUUCCGUACGGCAGCACCAACUUCAGCCUGAGUCUGUACAAGGCCGCGUUCAGUGCGGAGCAGAAUGUGGUCGUCGCACCGUUCACGCUGCAGAACAGCAUCGCCAUGCUGUACUCCAUCGCAACCGGGACGACGCAGGACCGGUUGCGGGAGGUGUUUGGGCUGCCGACCAACUUUACCGAGUUCAUCAUCAACCAGAAGCUGCUGCACUACACGAUGACCGAUGCCGGCGGUUCGGAGGGGUUCCGCAUGAAGAACCGCAUCAUCGUGAACGGGUUCCGGGAGGUUGAUGGCCGCAUGCGGGACAUCAUGCACGAAGAUCUGGACACGGUGCUGAUGUACUUUGACUUUAGCCAGCGGGAGGGCGUCGUACGACGGGCGAACCACUUCCUCAGCAUGCGCACGAACGGGCUCAUCCGGGACACGCUCUUCCUCGGCGAUGUGCCGAAGCAUCUGCAGCUGAUCCAGCUGAGCGCCGGGUCGUUUCGACCACCGUUUGCGAGCAGUUUCGAUGCGCGGGACACGAUCGCACGCGACUUCCGAACGGGAUACAUCGAGAAGCUCUACCAGACGACCACCAUGUUUAAGGAGGGCGAUUUCCGCUUCGCCCGCAUCCCGGAGCUGGAGAUCGAGGUGCUGGAACUGCCGUUCCAUGCGCGCAGCGAUUCGGUGCUGUGGAUCAUGCUGCCGGACCGGGACGCGGAGCUGGACCGCAUCGUGAAGGCACUCGAGCCGGAACACUUUGACGCGAUCCAGGCACACUUCAGCAUGAAGCGGGCCGGCAUCGUGGUGCCGGUGUUCUCGAUCAAGACCGAGUUCAACGCCACCGAGUUCCUGCGCAACACGGUCGGGCUGGACGCGCUGUUCCGGAUGCGCGAGUUGCGCUUCUUCGACGAUCACGAUUCCGGGCUGGACGGUGUGAUGCACCGGGCCGCCAUUUCCGUGCACGAGCAGUCAGCCGAGGCCGGCGGGGUCGCAACGGUGCACAGCUUCAGCAAGCGCAGCGCGCCAGUGGCCACGUACCAAUUCUACGUCGGACGCUCGUUUAUGUUUGCGCUGCUGAAGCGAUCCUCCAAGCAGCUCCUGUUCCUCGGGCAUCUUUGCCGGCCACACGAUCUGGUGGAGGUGUGA